AUGUCGCAUCUUCAGCAACAGCUCAAGAACUUCAACGCCGGCGUUGUCGACUAUGCAAAUCGAAUGCCCCAGCAGAGGCGAUUCGUCCAUAACAGCUCUGCGAGCAGUUCCCAGGUGCCAUCUUCAACCUCCACACCCACCCCGGGUGGUGACCCUCGACGGAAAAGGCACGAUGCGGACAUCGUUUAUUCGCAACCUGCCAACACAGGUACGGGCAAGGAUAUCAUGACCCAGGUGAUCUUUGCGAUCGAGCAUAUGAAAUCCAAGGGUAUCCCGCUCAAGUUCGCCGAUAUCGUCUCCUACCUGUCUCUACAGCACCGGGCCAAUGAUCAGGGCUACGUUCAGGCUCUCCGCAGUAUUCUUCAGAUGCACGAGAAGGUGCAAUACGACCCCAAUGGCGCCAAUGGGGAAGGCACAUUUGCCUUUCGUCCGCCCCAUAAUAUCCGUUCGGCUGAGCAACUACUCCAGAAAUUACAGUCCCAAUCAACAGGUGCUGGGAUGAGUGUCCGCGAGCUUCGGGAAGGAUGGCCAAACGUGGAAGAGACGAUCAAUAGUCUGGAAAAAGAAGGGAAACUUCUUGUUACCCGGAACAAGAAGGACGACCAUGCCAAAAUGGUCUGGGCCAAUGACCCCUCCUUGAUCCAGCAUUUCGACGAUGAGUUUCGUCAGAUUUGGGAGAAGAUCAGGGUUCCUGACCCGCAGACCGUCAAGGAAGAGCUAGAAAAGGCCGGGAUCACACCCACGAACAAAAACAAGGUUGUCAAAGCGCGGCCAAAGGUAGAACAGAAAAAGGUCAAGAAGCCUCGUCGAAGUGGCAAAACAACAAACACUCAUAUGAUGGGUAUCCUGAGAGACUACUCCCAUCUUAAGCGAUGA